AAAAGCCAGGUAGCAUUUUUUUUUUUAAAUAGACCUCGCAUUUCUCAAAUGCGAGGUCCUUUGUCUGUCGGUGAAACAUGAAAACCCAGCUCCUUCAACCUCAGUCCUCUCUUUGACUCAUUUAACCAAAAAACCCAAAGAAACAACAAAAUUGGGAAAUACAAAUUGAAGGGAAAUUGCAUCCCAAAUCCGUCAUUGAAAUCCUCGGAAGUAGCAGCAUUCAUCAAGAGUGCAGCCGUUGGAGGGAGGGAGUCCAACUCUGGUCAUUUUGGAAGCUCUCGCCAGAAAGUUGAAGCCCCAGAAAGCUGCAAAAUGGAGACCGGAAAAUGUUGAAGCUACAGCCCGCUUUCAGUGAAUAAGUUAAGCUUUCUGAUGCUAUUGUCCAGUGACGGAAGAAGAUGCUGAACAGAUGCGAUUGUCCAGGUAGCAUUUAACAGAUGCGAGAGAGUGCCCAAAUGCAAAAUUACUACACUGCACAUAAAGUCAACGACAAACAUCUUUCUCCUUGCUUCUUGCAUCUUGAGCCUUGAUCAUGGAGUUACUCUACACCAUUCUUGGUCUCUUCAUAUUCUUGAUGGCUGUAAAGUAUCAGUAUCUCCGAAAAAAGAGCCGAAAACUGCAGCCUCCAAGCCCUCCAGCUCUUCCAAUUUUGGGCCAUCUUCACCUUGUGAAAACUGCCCCUCACCUUGCCCUGCAAAAGCUCUCCAUCAAAUAUGGUCCCCUGAUUUCACUUCAUUUUGGGAUUCGCCCUUUCCUUGUCGUUUCCUCACCAUCUCUUGCAGAGGAAUGCUUAACCAAGACUAAUGAUAUUAUUUUUGCGAACCGGCCUGAGUCAGUUUCCAGUAAAUACCUUGGCUACAACUCAACUGCUCUCAUAAUCUCCCCUUAUGGAGAUCACUGGCGAAAUCUCCGCCGAGUCACAACCAUCCAUAUGUUUUCUUCGAUUCAACUCCAGCGUUUCUCCUCCAUCUGGACUGAAGAAAUCCAUUUCAUCAUCAAAAAAUUGUUUUCCAGUAACUCUGAUGAGAAAACCUGGAAAGUUAAGGACAUGAGUUCUUUGUUCCGGGAGUUAUUAUUCAACGUGAUAAUGAAAAUAGUUGCUGGAAAAAGAUGGCCAUCUGAUCAGCCAGGUGAUAUAUUUUCACCGCGAGCACUCACUGAUCUUUGUGAUUAUAUUCCAAUCUUGAGGUGGGUUGGCUAUGGAGGGUUGGAGAAAGGUGUAAUCAGUUUGCACCAGAAGAGGGACGAGUUUCUUCAGGGCCUGAUUGAUCAAACACGUAAAGAGGAAGCAGAAGACGGUUCUUGUCCGACAGAGAGAAGGAAAACAAUUAUUCAAGAAUUGCUAUCUCUACAAGAAGCAGAACCCGAAUACUACACUGAUGAAAUUGUUAAAGGAAUUAUACAAAUAAUGUUGUCAGGCGGAACCCAUACUACAUCUCAGACAAUGGAGUGGGCAUUGUCCAGCCUAUUAAAUCACCCUAAUGUACUGCAAAAGGCAAGAGAUGAACUAGAAAAAAUGCAGCCUGGCCAUCUGCUAAAUGAUUCGGAUAUCUCCAAAUUGCCUUAUUUACGCUGCAUAAUCAACGAAACACUAAGGUUAUUUCCUGCGGCACCAACUCUUGUGCCUCAUUUUUCAUCUGAGGAUUGCACCAUAGGAGGCUACAAGGUUCCUAAAGGUACAACUUUGUUAGUGAAUGUUUGGGCCAUUCACAGGGACCCCAAUGUUUGGGAAGAGCCCAACAAGUAUAAGCCAGAAAGAUUUGAAGGAAUGGAUGAGAGAGGGUGGAAUGAAGGGUUCAAAUUUCUUCCAUUUGGAAAAGGCCGGAGAAUUUGCCCAGGAGCUGCCAUGGCCAUAAGGUUGGUCGGGUUGACAUUGGGCACCCUGAUUCAAUGCUUUGAUUGGGAAAGAGUUGGGCCUGAAAUGGUGGAUUUGGAAGAAAAUCAAGGAUCAACUUUGGGUAAGGCCAAUCCUUUGGAGGCAUCUUACAAGCCGCGCCCAUCUAUGAUCAAAACAAUUUCUCAGCUUUAAGUUAGAUGUGUUGUUCUAUUAAGAUAAAUUGGGAUUUCUUUUUUUUUUUUCUGAACUUAAAUAUCAAGAAAUAAUUGUCUGUUCUUUGGUUUUGAGCACCUCUUACAAUUUCAGAUUUG